UGGAAGCCUAGAUUCAUGGUACUAAAUGUGGGCUGAAAUGUUACCUUUGCUCCAUUAAAUCACAGAUCCUGCUCGAUUUUUCCUAACCUCUCUGCAAGAAGCCAUGGGAGGCCUCCACAUCCACUAUCUGCUGUUCCUCUUCCUGCUAAGAGCCUCCUUGACCGUGGCUAACGAUCUGUAUUGUCAUGUGGGUAAGUUGAGGACUGUGGAAAACUUCCCAGUGACCUGGUUCACAGAGAAGAUUGAGACAUGUGAGGACAACCAGUUGCUUUGCCAAGAAACAGUAAUAAUGAUCAAAUCAGGAUCCAGGAUAGCUAUUUUGGCUACUAAAGGCUGUGUCUCUGAAGGAUCCAAAGCUGUGACUUACAUCCAGAACUCAGAAUUUCCCGGCCUGAUUGUAGUCUCCUACAGCAACUACUGCGACAUUUCCCUGUGCAACGACAUAAAGUACUUGUCACGGAUUUGGAAACCACGAGAGGAGAUCCCAGUGUCCAAUACGUCCACGAGCAUCCAUUGCCCCACCUGCGUGGCUCUGGGAUCCUGUUUCAAUGUUUCCUCUCUGCCUUGUCCCCGCGGCAUAAAUGGAUGCUACGCAGGGAGAAUCAUGUUCUCAGGAGAAGGCAUUGACUCGCCUGUGGAGGUCAAAGGCUGUUCAAGCAUGACCCAUUGCGAGCUGAUGAACGGAUUCUCCAUGAUAGGACCCCUCUCUGUGUCAGAAGUGUGCCCGCGUCCCUCUUUCCUGCAACGAAGGGCUGAAAGCAGGGCGCCCUGGCCGUGCCUGCCAGGACGGGGUUUACAGCUGCUGACUCCGUUGCUGGGGCCAUUGGCCCACCUUCUCUGAGGAGGUGUCCCGAGCGCUGGAGCUCAGCGUGUCCGCUUCCACUGUGCACCUCCGCCGCUGCCCCGCCAGGCCAUGGGUAUGCUGGACAGGAGAAAGACACACUGCGUGUAUCCGACAUGCCCAAUAAAAGUUGCCUGUGAUUUGUGUGUGCGCCUCAAGAUCAGAAGUGGAGCUGGGCGCUGAUAGCUCACGCCUGUCGUCCUAGCUACUC